AUGAAAGGUAAAAAGAAGCUUCGCUCUCCAGAAAAAUGGAAAAGAAGUUUGAAAAAACAAAAACUAUUCAAAGAGAAAAAUAAACGUCGUGAUGUUGGCAACUGCAGAUGUAAGUGUGGCUGUAAACUAAGUGAAUUGGAGCAGAUUGACAUUUUUGAAAGAUAUUGUAGUCUGUCUAGCCAUGCAGAGCAAACAAUUUACUUACAAGGUUGUGUUAAAAAAGAGCUAAAAUCCCGAUCUCGUCAGCGUAAAGAUGAAACAUCGCGAAGUAGUACAGUUUUUUCCUAUGAAGUUAGUAACGGAAGCAGUAUAAUUAAUUUAUGCCAGAAGGCCUUUUUAGCAGUCCACGGGAUUUUUAAGUCUAGAUUAGAGAAGAAAGUUAGGACGCAGGCAGAACCAGCAGAUAAUAGAGGUCGUCACACCAACAGGCCAAACCGAACCAAAACUGAAUCUCUCCAGAAAGUGAGACAAUUUAUUUCCGAAUUGCCAGCUCGUGAAUCACAUUACACAUGA